CUUGAGUUUGAGACCCCUGAGCUAAAAUUAGGGAAGAAGAAUACAUUUACCUGGUAAACAUUAAUUGAAAUCAUGCAGAUUUAUUUUAAAUGGCAAAUGUUUAUUACACAUUAGAGCCAUAACCUCCCUAUGUUGUGUUGGAAAUUGGCUUAACUACACCUGAACCAGACCACCAAUAGCAUACCAAAAAAUCUAAUCUUGAAUCAUCACUGUUUUAUCUCCAAGUUAUUUUAUCUUGAACCCUCAAUUUUGUUGUCUAUCCGCUGUAUCUUUCUACCUCUGUGUAUACCCAGCUGUACUUUCGUAUUUCUGUCAUUGGUACAUUGCUCUGCUCAUCCUCUUCCCGAGUUGGAGGUUUGUGUGCGUAUAUGUGAUUUAAUGUGACUUCCGACCCCUCCAACAACUCAUUGUGAUGUGCUAAAUUAGCAGCCCAGUGCAGUCCCCCCCUUCCUGACAAUUGUAUUGCCUGCCAUUCUCACCUCACUGCAUCCACCAUGUUACUUUGUUUGGAUUUUUAUCUCCAGCCCAGUGAUGUUACUGUACCAGUUGUUGCGUGAUGAAGUUUUCACAGCCUCUUCCCAUGCAUACCAUUGGGACACAUCGGACUGGAUGCCUAACACCAGGCUAUCAGACAUUGAAGAGGUGCCGGGCUAUGAAGCACCCCCCAGCAGCGACGUAGCAUGCUCAGCCCCACGCCUCGGAGGAAGCACCCGUGAACUUGAAUCAGACUAUUACCUAGGGGGCUAUGACAUUGACAGCGACUACCCCCCUCCCCACGAAGAAGAGUUCUUGAGUCUAGACCAGCUGCCACCUCCGCUGCCCACAGGUGAGGAAUACCCUGAGGCCUACACGCCGCUGCCCACCAACCCCCCAGUCUCCAAAGAGAGCACCCUAAGUUCUGGCAGCGCUGGGCAUCAGCAAGCCAGGCCAAACUUCCACCCCAGCCAAUACCUGCCUCCCCACCAGCUGCCCCUUGGAGAGGCCUCCCAUGGGGACCUCAGCACUCCAAUGAGUGGGGUAACCCCAGGAAAUGGGGACACUGAUGACUCUGUGUCGCUAAACAUGCGACUGUCCGUUGGUGCAUCGUCAACCUCGGACAUGUCGGCCCCCGGCGGGCUGGAUGACUCUGAACAUGGCAGUGACUUUGACAGUAUGGACGAGCUUCGUCGAGGCGUUACCAUCAUCACUGACUCACAGCAACAGACUGAGGUGUGAUUGGUCAGUAAACAAAGGCUAUGGGGUCUAUAAUGGACCAGAAGGAGCAUGACAUUGGAAGAAAUGGAAGGAAAUGCACAAGUGGAGGUUAUCACAGGAAGAAAUGCUUUGUCAUUAAAGCUUGGUACUUCUUUAGCUAUAAUAAUGACCUUAAAUCUAAACGUUAAAAAACACAUUUCAACUGUUUCAAGUACUAUCCUUUGGAGUGUUGAGUUUUACCAUAAACAACACACUCACUGUGUGUUGUCAGUUUAGUCUCCGCUGUGCAGAACAAUCAGAAGUGUCCUUCCUGCUCCAAUAGGGAGUCACUUGUAAUGUGAAAAGAAUGGGGUAGAGAAUGUGAAUGAGAAAGACUAAUCCAAAAGAGAUGGAAAUGUACAGAUGCGGUAGAGAAGAUAAGAGAGAAAGAGAAGGGACAAUCAUGUAAGUAAAAGGGUUGUUUUGUUCCCUGCUCCUUCAAAGAAGCCAAUUGGACCACUACUUUCGGAAAAGAAAUACAAAAUAAUUACACAAAUACCCGUUUCCUUUUUUCCUCCGAGAUUUGUAAACUUUGUAGUGCUCCGAACUUGUACAGACUUUGUAAAAUAGUAUGCCCUUACUGGUGAGUACAUCUGAAGCAAUGUAUCAGCCACAUGACGAAGAGCCAUUUAUUUCUUUUAAUGUGGAAUGUGCUUGCUCUUUGCCUCAAAAUGUUUUGUCCGCCAUCAAGUCAUGAGAUUUCUGCCAUGGUUUCUCAUCAUUCUAAAAUGUUUAAUGUAUCGUUCAACGUCCAACUUUAUUUCAUCUGGUGCGGAAGCCAAGAGCUGCUAUAGUUGCUGAUGCAAUAAACUAUAAAUAAAUCACAAACUGAUAAUUAUACCCACAGGUAAGACACCGUUUCUAAAUGUAGUCUUUAAAGACUAUUCUUUUUGGAUAAAUAAUUUCCUCUAAUAUUACCCCCAACCUAGUUUAAGGACAUCAGGACUUAACAUGUUGUUCUGUUCUCUCAAUACAUUUCAGCUGCUGUUAAUAAGAACAGCAGUAAAAUGACCUUUGUCGUUCUACAUGACUAUGAUGUACACCUGUAUGAAUAUGUUACUAUUAAGCUGGUAGCCACAGGGCUGAUGAGUGAGCUAGUUAUUGCAAAUCAUGAAUGAAGCAGCUGAUCCCAAACAACUAUAGUGUGACCUCAGGGUUUGGCCCUGAACUAACGCUAUGCUCCAUUUGGUGGACUAUUAAUUAUAACAAAGCCUUUUUUAUUGUCAUAUUUUAGGUGAAGAAUCCUCAUCUACAACUGAAUAGAAUGCCAUGAUCUAAAUGUGAUCAUGAGAAAAUGUAUCUUCAGAAAACAAGGUAUUUGAGUAGCUAUGUGAUGAAAACAAAUCUGAAAUAAUGAUAUUAGCAACCACAGCCACUCUUUGCAACAGUCAUUUCUUAUCUGCUACUGUAGAGUUAAAAAUCUUUGGCACAAAUAAUCAAAAGCACCAGCCGACCAUAUUCUUGUUUCUUUGAUCUGUUUCAUAUCAAAGCAUUAUUCCAAAUAUCCAUGCGGAGCUGACACAUUUUAGCGGCACUGCAUUCCAGUUUUGUCUGUUUCUUUGUAGCAUCUUCACCAUGUCUGUAGACAGAGGUCAAACCCUUAUCCCGGCCCUAAUGGCUUAGUUCCCAUGCGGCCUCGUGGACAGACAGCACAUGAAACUGCUUCAGAUCGUCACUGUACUCUAAUCUGCCUGAUCCACUCGGGCAGGCAGCUCCUUUGUUCUUUGUAACAGAUGUAUGUGUUUAAAUCUCUGUACAUUGUAAAUAGCUAGGUUGUUAAAAUGCAGAUUUUGUAGAUACACAAUCCUAAACUUCCUUUGAGUUUUUUCUUUGUUCGACUGUUUGAUGUGAAUGUGGACACUAAGACUGUGGAAUAUCAAUUACUUUCACAUCAUUCCUGCCCUUUCACUGACGGACUGAAUGCCAUUUCAAUAUUAUAGAUGAGUUUUGCACAGUAUUAAAUCCAGAAAAUAUUUGUUUUCUUACUUUUGUUUGUUUUAUGUUAAUGAGGGAAUCGUUUUUGUAUAUUUCUUUCAUCUGGAAUGUUUCAAUGAAUUUCUAAUGUUCAAAGACAUUAGGCAGUGUCAACAAUAUGUCCCCUAUCCGCAGACAUUGUGUGUACAAAGUGAGUGCUUUUUUUUACUUUUUAUUUCAAUGCAGUGCAGACAAUAAAAAUGUUCUUGCGCACCA